UCCUUAGAAGCUCAGGACACAGACACAGUGACACAUUUAGACACACUCAGACACAUCUUGUUGCUCUGAGAGUUGUGCUGUUAGAAACGUCUUAGAAACUUUAUCAUUGACAGCCUCAGCAGAGGACACUAACUCUCUCUCUUCUCCAGCUCUUGGAACAAGUUGAGAGCUCCGUCAGAAAUGAGUUCAGCGCCUGCAAUGAAUAGGACUAGGAAGACUAGGAGGCUUCAAAGGAGGACCUGUCCUUACACAAAGACUGACUGGCAGCACAGGACAAAGGUCUCAGAAGAUGAAUACCCAGACACCUCUCUGCACGAUGCCCUUGUGAGACUAUUGAAGAGGACAGCCAGAGAAGACGAAGCAGGACUGUCCUCUUCAGUGGACGUUCACAGAGAAAACCUCAUCUCAUCUGCAGAGGACGACAGACGACUGACAGAGACGAAGGACAACAAACUGAACACCGCACAAAAUGUGCCCGCACAUGUGCAAAGAGAGCUCCCUAGCACGUCAGAACCAAGUUCAACGCCUGCAAUGGAUAGGACUAGGACGACUAGGAGGCUUAAAAGAAGGACUUGUCCUUACACAAAGACUGACUGGCAGCACAGGACAAGGGUCUCUGAAGGUGAACACCCAGACACCUCUCUGCACGAUGAGCUUGUGAGACUAUUGAAGAGGACAGCCAGAGAAGACGAAGCAGGACCGUCCUCUUCAGUGGACGUUCACAGAGAAAACCUCAUCUCAUCUGUGGAGGAUGAGAGCAAGAGAGUCGGUAAGAGAAAGCUUACCGACGAUGAAGAGAAGAGGAAGCCAGACCUGGACCUGACGGAGACCAGAGACGACAAACUGAGCACCCCACAAAAUGUGCCCGCACACGUGCGAUUUGAGCUCCCUAGCACAUCAGAACCAAGUUCAGCGCCUGCAAUGGAUAGGACUAGGACGACUAGGAGGCCUAAAAGGAAGGCAUGUCCUGACAUAAAGACCGUCUGGCAGCACAGGACAAGGGUCUCUGAAGGUGAACACCCAGACAGCUCUAAGGACGAUGUCUGUGUGAGACUAUUGAAGAGGACAGCCAGAGAAGACGAAGCAGGACCGUCCUCUUCAGUGGACGUUCACAGAGAAAACCGUAUCUCAUCUGCGGAAGAUGAGAGCAAGAGAGGCGGUAAGAGACGCGGUAAGAGACGCGGUAAGAGAGGCGGUAAGAGAGGCGGUAAGAGAAAGAAGAAGCAGAGACCAGACCUGACAGAGUCCGAGGACGGCAAACUGAACACCGCACACAAUUUGCCCGUACGUGUGCAAAGAGCUGCAUUCGAGGACAAAUAUCAACAGCAAGAGAAGCUCGGCGAAGGAGGGUGUGGAUCUGUGUUUGCUGGAUAUCGCAAAGCAGAUCAUUUGCCUGUUGCCAUCAAAUACAUCCCGAGCGACAAUCAGUGCAUCAAACACGUGGACGAGCAUGGGAAUACGCUCUCUGUGGAGGUCGCCAUCUUGUUGAAACUGGCGGCCAAUACAAGUGGCUCAGCGGCCUCCUCGGCACCUGUGUCCCUACUGGACUGGUACGAUCUGGAACAGGAGCUGAUCCUGGUGCUGGAGAGACCAGUCCCCUGCAUGGACUUGUUCACGUACAUCUGGUCAGAGGGAGGCUCCUUAAAAGAGGAAGAGGCCAAGAUCAUCCUGAAACAGCUGGUUGAUGCAUUAAUUGAUCUUGAGGAUAAGAGCAUCUUUCACCGGGACAUCAAGGUGGAAAAUAUCUUGAUCGAGACCGGCUCGGACGUCCCGCAAGUUCGCCUCAUUGACUUUGGACUGAGCUGCUUCGUGAAGAGAGGAGCCAAUUACCGUGACUACUACGGUACCUUUAAUUACAUCCCUCCGGAGUGGUACAAUGGUCAAGGCUACAGUGCCGGCCCGACCACAGCGUGGCAGGUUGGAGUGGUCCUGUUUCAUACGCUCCACAGGAACGCAUUUUUUGAGACCCUCGCGUUCCUCGAAAAUGGCAUGACGUUCAACGAGAGGAUGUCCAAAGAUUGCAAGGAUUUCUUGCAAAUGUGUCUGACUGAAGACCCCGAACAGCGCCUGACCCUGGAGCAGCUCAAGCAUCACCCAUGGCUCAGAUAAACCAACCCGGAACACACACGUCCUCGCCAUACGAUACUCAAGUCUUCCAAGUAUUAAUGCUGUGUUCUCUUUGACAGGAAGAACGUGAGGAACCGGGGCGGCCAGCCUGUGAUAGGCUGGCGAGGUCACCGGCCUGUGAUAGGCUGGCGAGGUCGCCGGCCUGUGAUAGGCUGGCGAGGUCAUCGGCCUGUGAUAGGCUGGCGCUACAAAGCCGGCCCCAUGUGGUCCUGUUUGAACGACGUUGGCCUGGCGACCCGGUUGCCAGCCUGUGAUGGCCUGGCGACCCUGGACAGGUCGCCAGACUGUGAUGGCCUAGCAACCCGGUCACUAGCCUGUGAUGGCCUGGCGACCCGAUCACCAGCCUGUGAUGGCCUGGCGACCCGAUCACUAGCCUGUGAUGGCCUGGCGACUUUUGCCCAAUGUCAGCUGGGAUCGGCUCCAGCCCCCCCCGCGACCCUGUGAUAGGAUAAGCGGUUACAGAUGAUGGAUGGUUAUUAUUCAUCGUUUGCCCUUUUUUUGCAGAUCCUGUAACACCCCCAGCCGUUCGAGGAGAGGGGAUCUCUCUUUGAAUUGCCUUUCCCGAGGUUUCUUCCCAUUUUCCAUCUGGCCUCAGGACUUUGGAGGAGUUUUUCCUCGUCUUCUUAGAGAGCUUGGGCUGGGCAGGUUCUGCUCAUAUUCCAAUUAGCCAUUAUUUAAUGUGAUUUUUAAUACUCAGCCAUGAAAAUAAACUUUAAUUAAAUUAAACCCAA